AUGUUUUUUCGAACUUUUUCUUUAGCUUUCAUUUCGACACUGGUUGCCUCGGGCGCUUGGUACGCGUAUAAAGGUGACCCAAAUAAGCCGGAGCUUUCACCUACUUUCAUUGUGAACCAGACUUCUCCACUCUUUCAACAACAAACUAGCAGCUUUUACUCGACCGUAACGACGCCGACGGCAGUAGGACAAAAUUCUGACCAGUCUUCAAGCCCAGCUCUCGUUGUGAACAAUGACCAGCUCUCUGCCACCUCUACUGCGAGCGAAGAACCGAUUUCGAAACAAACAAGCGAGUCAGGAAGGAAAGUGGUUGGAAUGUUGACACCGGAAGAAGCGACUCAAAAACUGCGGAGAAGCGAAGAGUCAUAUUUUGUUGGGCGCGGGCAGGGUGUUGUUCGUUACGACAUGGUGCAACUUCCUAGCAACGACCCUAUUGAAGACGACCAUGCCGAGAAAAUUGUGGUAACUACUCGUGAAGAUGGAUCUUCUAGUGAUUGGAUGUUUUGGGGCGUUUUUGACGGUCAUUCUGGCUGGACUACAUCGGCAAAAUUGCGACAGGCUUUGAUUUCUUUUGUGACGCGUGAGCUGAAUUCUACCUAUCAAAAGGCCGGUGCUUCCGUAUCCGGCUCUAUAUUCCCUUCACCAGAAGCUAUCGAUGCAGCUAUCAAAAGAGGCUUUGUCAAUCUUGACAAUGAAAUUGUCCACUGGAGCGUCGAUAAGGUUUUAAAAGCUAAUUCAAAGAGAGUCGCUGCUGAGUUGCUUGCACCAGCAUUAUCCGGUUCGUGUGCUCUCUUGGCGUUUUAUGAUAGCCAGUCGAGUAUGCUACGUGUUGCUUGUACCGGGGAUUCCAGGGCCGUUCUUGGUCGUAGGGCAGCAAACGGGAAAUGGACAGCUACCCCGCUCUCUGAAGAUCAGACAGGCUCAACAGAGUCGGAAAUCCAACGUUUGCGUCAAGAGCACCCUGGCGAAGACAAUGUGGUUCGUAAUGGACGGGUUCUGGGUAAUCUUGAACCUACCCGUGCUUUUGGCGAUGCAUUCUACAAAUGGAAGCGAGACACCCAAGAUAAGAUCAAGCGUCAGUUCUUCGGGCGAACGCCGCAUCAAUAUUUAAAAACACCACCAUACGUCACCGCUGAACCAGUUGUUACGGCGACCCAAGUUGAUCCUCAGAAAGGUGAUUUCUUGGUAUUGGCGACAGACGGCCUUUGGGAGAUGCUUAGUAACGAUGAGGUCGUUGGACUUGUUGGUCAAUGGCUUGAACAUCAGCGCGCCAGUGCCCAAGGCAAAGAUGGCGUUAAAGGUUGGCUUCAAAGCUGGUGGUCCCAGGAAGGUCAGUUGCCUAUUGAGAAAUCAGUACGCGAAGAUGCUACUGGGCAACGUGCACCAAUCAGACAGUUGCAAUAUAACAUCCCGCAAAGCGAAACUCGCUUUGUCAUAGAGGAUAAAAAUGCUGCGACCCAUUUAAUUAGAAAUGCUCUUGGAGGAAAGGACAAGGACAUGAUGUGCGCAUUGCUAACGCUCCCAAGUCCUUAUUCUAGAAGAUAUCGGGACGAUCUUACCGUUCAAGUGAUCUUUUUCGGUGAAAGUGAAACCACCGGCAAUGUCACUAUCAAUUCGGAAGCAAGCGCCUCUGGACGUACUGUACCUGCUAAGCUGUGA